UGCAUCUCUUAAUUUCUUUACUGUUAAUCAUUCUUGGGCUGCAUGUGAGCAUUCAGACAUUCAUAAUGGAUUCUGAUCCAGACAUCAACAGAAAAAACAGAUGGUGGCUGAAUGUGUACUAUGGAACGAACUGGGGAUCAUGGGGGUUUAAGGACAUCUGUCCAAAUGGAACGUACGCUGCAGGGUUCAGUCUAAAGGUGGAAGAACUUUCCUAUGGCUUUUGGGAUGAUAACAAUGCACUCAAUGGAAUUCGCCUUCACUGCAUUGAUCCGUCCAAAGGCUUUUCAAGCUCAUAUGAAAACUACGCCUCAGUUCAGUCAGAAGUAGGAAGGUAA